CGGAAGUACUUCCUUUGACACAGGAAGUGACCUUUUUGCAAGGUCGCGUACGCCGACUGCUAUCAUCUGAGAAGUCUGUACUCGCGAAGAAGACUGGCAGCUGAUCGGUGGAUUAAAAAAAAAAAAAAAAGUAAAAAGAGAACCAAAUGCAGAAAGAAGAGGAUACUCAAACCUCCUGAUGGCCAAUGUGCCUUUUUCCUGCUCUAAAAAGAAGCGAUUCUGUCGUUUCAGACCCAACGAAGACCAAAAAUAUUGUGCUGAACAUGCUGCUGCGCUUGGGGUGGAAAUGAACAGAAAAAGAAUCCAAUGUCCACUCAAUCCAAAACAUUCCUGUUAUGAAGAUGCACUGAAAAAACACCUGAAGAAAUGCAACAGCAGGAAGCGAAAAACGGAAGAAUAUUAUGAAGAAGGUAUUAACGCAGGAAGUGAUGAAGGAGAUACAACAAGUGACAUUAAUGUAAAAGCAGUGCGUGAAACUGAGACCCAGAGACUGCAAGAGAUAAUUGAGAGAGUGAACACUAUAUACAAAGAAUACAUAGGAACAGUGGAAGCAGAUGUUAAAAGCCAUGACUGCCUGAAGGAUGAGCUGGAAAACCCCAUUGGUCUGCCAGCUUUGCGACAUCGUCGCCAACAGGCUUCGUUGAUUGGUCAGCUGGACAGCCUGGGACUGCUGGCUCCUGGCUACUGCUAUGUUGAAAUGGGGGCUGGAAAAGGUCGGCUAUCUCACUGGGUCAGAGAGGCAGUGUCAAAUCAUAAUGAUGCAUCUUUCCUGCUGGUUGAUCGCAACAGCAUUCGUUACAAGGUUGAUGGUUAUCACAAAGAAGAGACAGUACCUUUUGAACGCAUCAAAAUUGACAUUGAACAUCUCAGUUUGGGCAAGGUGCCAAUGAUAAAGCAUAGUGAUAAAAGAGUUGUGGCAAUCGGAAAACAUCUUUGUGGGGCUGCCACAGAUCUGACUUUGAGAUGCCUGGUAGAAACUUUGGACCAUGCUGACUCACUCAGCAGUGAGCCCCCUUCAAAACGUCAGUGCAGAGAAUCAGGUUCAGCUUUAUGUUUAGACUAUAACGAGUCCAGAGAAACAAGCUCUACAGAUAAAGACAACUUAAAAAAAAUGUACAAGCUUGCUGGGAUAGUCAUAGCCCUGUGCUGUCAUCACCAAUGCAGAUGGUCUGCAUAUGUUGGAAAGAAGUUUAUGAGCCAGUGCAACAUUUCAGCAUCAGACUUUGACCUGCUGACACGACUGAGCAGCUGGGCUGUGUGUGGUUGGCGCGGACUUCGACAGUAUUUUGUUUUUCAAACACCAGUAGAUCCCAAGGGUGAACCAGAAGGCAGCCAUAAUGGUAGCGAGGAUGCUGAACACAUACCCAUCAAAGCUACCAGUGUAAAGUGCAGAGAUAGUAGUAUCGGGAAGAACUAUAAACAGCAAUACCAGGUCAUACUUAAUGCUACAGAUGACAAAGUCCCUGAGUUGGAGGGCAUCAAGGAGGCCAAAUGUGUCACAGUUAAUUCUACAGGUGACAGCCUACAGGAGACCCUAGAUGCAGAGCACAAAACAGAAGACCUUCUCAAAGAUACUUGCAAAGGGAGUUUGAAUCUGAGUGAGCUGGAAAAAGAAGCAAUAGGCUGGCGAUGCAAGCGCCUCAUUGAUUUUGGCCGAGUCCGCUACCUGGAAGAGCAUGGCAUGAAGACUGUUAUCAAAGAAUAUAUUGAUAAGCUUCAGACACCAGAAAAUGUAGCAUUAGUUGCUUUGUGUCAAGCUGGCAAGCAUGACCAAUAAAUGCAGCUUAAAUCAC